AGCACACAGCCCAUAACGAUGGCCCCCGGCCUAUUCGGGCUCGCCUACCAUCUCUCCUCCGGUCCUUCCUAUCAUACCGGCGGGCGGCGCGGGGCAGCUAAUCGGCAAUCCGGCUUCGCCUCGUCGCAGUCCAAUCCGCACUCACCGCCGCCCUCCCGCCCCUCACCUGCCCGCGGCAGUGUCGGAGUAAACCCUACCGGACCUAUCGUCACGCGACUGCGGGAGUUGCUUGCUUCUUCUGCCGCUCUCUCGCUCCGUCCCUUCCGCCCAUGGAGACCUCGCUGCGCUUGCGCAGUGGCGGCGGCCUCCGCAUCCACGCCAAGGAGAAGCUGCCCCUCGGCCACAGCUCGCUGCUGCAGGCUCAUGCGGAGCUCGACCUCCACACAAGCCCCGCCGGAGUUACUACCCCGAGUUAUCUCGCUCUCUUUGUCAGGCACUUCUACUCGCAGCUAUCAGCCAAUCUCGGAGCUGGCGUCCAGUUGCACAACGGCGAUGACCUCGCCUACAGUUUUCGCGCCAAGAAGGCCGUCCUGUUCAAACCAGAUAAUGGGUUCCUAGGUCUGAACCUUAAAGGGCGCCUACUUACCGAUAAAGAGUUGAAGCCGACGAAGACAACUGGAUCCGUUGAACUGGCAUGGACCAUACUUGACUUGAAACAGGGCCAAGACGUAAGGCUCAAAGUUGGUUACGAAUUGUGUGACAAGGAUCGUCGCACAGGGGCUGUGAUUGGGACUGGUCGUUGCCGUAGCACUGCUCCUCGCCUCUACAUCCUCGACAGCUUGCGCCUUACUUAGUUCACUUCAUCAUCUACGACCCGUGUGCUUUCUGCAGCCUCAGUUCGUGCCGCCUCUUUUGCCCAAUGGCAUCACCGUCUAGGUCAUUUGUAUGGCUCGCGUCUGUCCACCUUAAUAAAAUCAGGUUGUUUAGGUCAUACGUGAUCUGAAUGAAGUUUCCAUUGUAAGGGUUGUCAUCUUGGAAAACAAAUACAACUUCCUUAUUUUACCAGUGACUCUCAUUCUGCUAGACCAUUUGAUCUUGUUCACUCUGAUGUUUGGGGCCCAACUCCUUUGGUUUCAAAAGGUGGAAAUAAAUAUUAUGUUAUUUUUGUUGAC